CUAACGCAUUCCACUUGUUUCCCCAAUUCAUCCAACUUCCGUACAUCUGAGUGGUUAGCUCUCAUCCCCCUUUCUCUAUCACUCACUCUUCUCUCACAAUUAUUCUCAUUUGACUGCUUUUGCUGCAUUAAACUAAAGUUGCUUGAAAUAAGUGGAAAUGUCGAACAAGGGCAAGAAGAGGGAGGAGGAAGGCGCGCUCUCCGAAGGCGACGAGCCUCCAAAGAAGAUUUCCAAGCCCGACAAUGAUUUAGAUGACCCUGAUCAAAUCGUAGUAUGUGAGUUGUCGAAGAAUCGGAAAGUGUCCGUGAGGAACUGGCAGGGAAAGGUUGUGGUGGACAUUAGGGAAUUCUAUUCUAAAGACGGCAAGGAAUUUCCUGGCAAGAAAGGUAUCUCGUUGUCCAUGGACCAGUGGAAAAUUCUUAGAGAUCACGUCGAUGAAAUUAACCAGGAGAUUGAGAAUACAUAACGGUGUGUAUGGAUCUGUGUGUUUUGUUCCUUGAAAGGAAUUGGCAAGGAACCUCCAACUUACUAAUGAAACAGUUUAGGGACGAGCAUUUAAUUUGUAUGGUAAAUAUAUGUAGAAUGUUUUCUUCCCAUGUGCAGUAUUAUUCUCGAAUACAAUGUACUGACUGCUCGAUGAUUGGUGCGAUAUGCAUCUCCGUUUCAUCA